AUGGUGGUGCUAGUCGCAUUGGUAGCCGCAGCAGUCAUGGAUGAGGAUGAGGAUGAGGAUGAGGAAGAGGAUGAGGAUGAGGAUGAGGAGGAGGAGGAGGAGGAGGAGGAGGAGGAGGAGGAGGAGGAGGAGGAGGAGGAGGAGGAGGAGGAGGUGGAGGAGGAGGAGGAGGAGGAGGAGGAGGAGGAGGAGGAGGAGGUGGAGGAGGAGGAGGAGGAGGAGGAGGAGGAGGAGGAGGAGGAGGAGGAGGAGGAGGAGGAGGAGGAGGAGGAGGAGGAGGAGCUCCAGACCUCACAAGAGAACAGUAUCGCGCAAUGCAAUGCAAGCAUGGUGCAAAAAAAAAAACGAGACAACGGAAUUGAGUGGGAAGGGGGGGAGAUGCAGGGAGAAGAAGGCAAAGGGCAGGAAGAAAGGCAGGGGGGAGAAAGGAGGAGUGUCUGUUUGCGAAGGGGAAUGGGGACAGCGGUUGAGGGGGAGAGGGAAGAGGGGGGUUUGGGUUGGGAAUGGUGCACGGUGCAUGGAGGCACCGAAGAAAGGGUGACCCUGUCAGGGUAA